GGCAGGCAGGCAGCAGACAGCAUUGGUUGUGUCGGUCACGGCUACCUUCACACACACACACACUCACUCACUCAAGUCACACACACACACACGCGCGCGCAAUUUACAGUGAGCAGAAGUCAAGGGAAAGAAGUGGAAGAGCGCGCGUGUGCAGAGGGAAGCGACUACCCGGACGGCGACUGCAACCGUCCACUUGAGAAUCUUGACAGAUAUACCCAACCACCACACAAAGAGACACAUACAGACACACACACACACACCCUCUCUGUGUUGCGAGAUGUCUGCAGCCCUGCUGAGGACCCUAGGCGAGCUCCAGCUCUACCGCAUCCUGCAGCGGGCCAACCUGCUGGCCUACUACGACGCCUUCAUCCAGCAGGGCGGCGACGACGUGCAGCAGCUGUGCGAGGCCGGCGAGGACGAGUUCCUGGAGAUCAUGGCGCUGGUGGGCAUGGCCAGCAAGCCGCUGCACGUGCGCCGCCUGCAGAAGGCGCUGCGCGACUGGGUGACCAACCCGACGCUCUUCAACCAGCCGCUGGCGUCCCUGCCCGUGUGCAGCAUCCCCGUCUACAAGAUGCCCGAGGGCGGCGCCCGCAGCCCGCACAGCCCGAGGAGUCCGCUCCUGGGCAACGGGAACGGAGGCGGUGGGAGCGGCGGAGGUCGGGACGGGCACACGCUCCGCGUGCCCAAAGCGUUGCUGGGCAACGCCUGCCUGGACGGCAGCCGAGAGGGCACCCCGGUGCCGGGGUCGCCCCUGCAGAGCAGCGCGGGCGGCGGCGCCGAGAGCGGGCGCUACUGGCUGGGCGGCAGCCACGCCAACGACAGCGAGCCCAGCCUGUCGCCGUGCGAGGCCACGUCGCCCUGCUCGCCGCGCGACGCCCUCGAGGCGCUGGACGCCGCCGCCGUGCAGUCGGUGACGGAGUGCGUGGACAGGAUCGCCCAGGAGCUGCCCCGCAGCGACCCCGCCGAGGUCCGGGAGCAGGUCAGGGGCAACAAGAAGCUGGCCAAGAUGAUCGGGCACAUCUUCGAGAUGGGCGACGACGACCCGCACCGCGAGGAGGAGGUCCGCAAAUACAGCGCCAUCUACGGGCGCUUCGACUCCAAGAGACGGGACGGGAAACAUCUCACUCUGCACGAGCUCACAGUAAACGAGGCCGCGGCACAGUUAUGUAUGAAGGACUGUUCCCUGCUGACCAGGAGGGACGAGCUGUUUGGUUUGGCACGGCAGGUGUCCCGGGAGGUCACCUACAAAUACACCUACAGGACCUGCAAGUCUCGGUGUGGUGAUGAACCCUCUCCGAAAAGAAUCAAAUCUGAGGAGGGGUACUUUGACCUGCAGGAGGCGCUCCAGGCCAUCUACAUGCGGCAGGAGACCCUGCGGGAGCAGCUGGCCUGUGCCAAGACCAAAGGGGAGGAGGUGCUCAUCAGGAACCUGCAGAUGCAGCUAGAGCGUCUGCUGGGUAGACAGAUGGAGAUCCUCCGUGACGCGGCUGCCCAAGACCGUCUCCAGGCUCUGGACUGGAAGAUUCCAGCCGUGGCUCUCAAGCACCUCACGGCCCGGCAGCGUGCCAACACCGUCUCCCCUGACAACUGUCGUGAACAACCAGGUGAUAGACCCUUGAAUCUGCGCGUGUCCAAUCCAGGGGAAGGGGACAUUCCACUCGGCAGGCAGCUAGCCAAUGAGCUGAAGCGACAUCAUAAUCACAUCUCCGAGGAGACCAGGAAGCAGGGAGCAGAAAAUGGACAUCAGAAGUUCAGUCUUUUGGAGAAAACGGUCAUAAAGUCAGAGCCAGAGGACUCCAGAUAGUGUCUCUGUCCCCAACUGUCAUCCCAACUGUCAUCCCGUUUAUGUUCUAGGGUCAGCCCAAGGUCACCCACUGCCUGUUGUCCGUGGAUACCAAGCACAGGAAUAUUACAGCACUGCCUUAACAGCCAACAAUGCCUAAAAUAUAUAUUUAUUUUUCUUUUACUUUUAUUUGUAUUUUUUCAGUUUUCCCAAAGCGCCUACACCUCCAGUGAAACCUGAGAUAGACAGAGUACUCAUGUCAUUGAUGGCAGUUAUGUUUUGAAUGAAUCCAUUUGUACAUAUUGUUUUUUCUUUUCAUUGGUUUUCUAAUAUAUGUUAUUUAAGAACGCUUCACUUUCACAAAAAAAGGACAAACAUUUGUUCUUUGUAUGUACUGUAAAACAAAGCCUUUUUUGCUUUAUUUAAUUCUGUGAUUGACAGUAAGACCAAAAAGGCGAGAGAAAUGAUUUUGUUGUAGUUUCAGCAGUUAAAACUGAAUGGUCUUCAAUGUGAGAAGGAGGAGACAGGGGCAGGUGAUUAAGAACUCAAUGACGUUCUGAACCCAGGUCUCUUUCUGACAGUGCAGUGGGGUGUGGGUUGGAUGUUCUGUCUCACAGCAUCGAACCUUGGGGUCCCCAAUCUCACUGACGCGCAACAGGCAACGAGGAAAGAGUUCCAAACAAAGGAGGCCGCUGCAUGUGAUUUAGAUUCCAUAAUUUAACAAACAUUUGGCCAACAACAACAACAAAAAAAAACUAAAAAACUUAGAUGAUGCACAACUGACUUUGCUCGUUGCUUUUUGCAUGUCACUGAAAUCAGGUCCCUGUAGGUGUUCAUAUGGAAAAGGAGGGUAUGGCCAUUACAGUGUCCUUAGAAAAAGUGUUGUCAGUGUGCCAAAAUAUACCAAAUACAGUAUUUUGUCACUUUGAAGUCAAGCUUCGUAGUUCGGGUGUUUGGCUUGUUGUACAGUACCUUUAUGUCAAUCAACAUUACUAGUCUUAGAAAUUCUUGGUGUGUCAGGCGUUUUUGUUUUUUUUUGCACUCCUCGUUUUAAGCGUCCUUUUGUUAUUAAAUUUAGAUGUGUAACGAUUGUCUCAUUUGCAAAUUCAUACAUGUUCACUAGGAAAUCUCAAUAGACAAGUGAAUGAUAUUGUGUCAUUGUUCUAUAUCUAAGCUGUAUGUUUUUUGGAUUCUACCAUUGUCUUGUGAGUUGAAACAGUUCUGCCUCCAACCUCGGCGGUUGCGGACAACUCCCCUUCGCACUCUUUCUCCGAGUGCUUUCAGGGACUUUGUGUUUUGCACUACUAGUUUCUCUCCUCAAUAUUUCUAAACACAUAAUGUAAUUCUCCCUUAAUAGUUCUGAACUCAGAUUAAGUCAGUCAUCGAUGUUUAUGGAUUUAGAUAAAGUCACUCUUCAACAUUUCAUUGGUGUAUCCCAUCCUCAUUUGUAAAAAACCCACACGCACUCUCUCUCUUUCUCUCUCUCUCACACACACACACACACACACACACACACACACACACAUACACAUACAUACAUACAUACAAGGAAUAUCAUUUUUUAUAGAUACAUGUAAAUGCAUAAUUGUAUUGUAAUGGUUAAACAGUUCAUUCAUACUACUCGUGGAAAACCAGUCCAGCUGGUGGUUAACUGGUCAAUCCAAAUGUAAAAUUCCAUCACUGCUCAUCCAUCUUAUGGUGACGAUGUGUUUGUAGUCCUCAUCAGUUCUCCUGCGAUGCAGCUGCCUUUGGUUUACACAAGUCACCCACCAUAUGGCUGCUGACACAGCUUGUGUGUUUCCCUGCAAUCCUCCAGAUGUUCUCCUUGUUGUGUCAGGACGGAGGAUAUGUAAGGAUAGUUGCUAGCCAUUGAACUGUAGACCAUUGAACAUCAUUGUUGUUCGGUUGUUGUAAGUGACCGAUUAGGGUAUAUGUUUGCAUAGUCGUGCACAUUAUUUUCAUUUUUUGUAAACACUAAUAUAUUUUAUUUGUUUAACAGCACAUAGAUAUUAAAGUUUAUUUUUUGAGACCA